GCAGUUGAGCGACAGAAGCGAGGAAGGACCGAGCCCCUCUCCGCCGGAGCUGUUACCGGGAGGCAGUAGCGUCACACGCCGAGAGAGCGAGUCCCAGCCCCCGGAGAGAGAGAGCCUUCGCCCCGGUAGAGAGAGAGAGAGAGAGCCAGCCGAGGAGCCGAGGGAAGGUCCGCCCGAGAACCGAGCGAUGCCCGCGCUGCUCCCCGACGCCCAGUGACACACACACGGACACACACAAGUACCCGUCGACGAGAGGAGGAAGAGAACCGUGAUUUCUUUUUUUUUUUUUAGUUUUAAAAGAGAAAAAGGUGAAAACCCGGGAGGACCAGCCAGCCAGCCGCUUGAGCUCCGGAGGCUCCACCACCACCGAGGCGUGGACCCAACCCUAGCGGACCGUAGGACCGUUGGACCCCGGUUCCAGACGCCAGAGGCACCCGGAGGAAAACUAAACCGAGCCGCCGCCGCCGCCGCCGCCGCCAGGAGAAGAAGACAUUUUUUUGGGGGGGCUUGUUUUUUUUGGGGGGUGGUCGUUGUUUUAAAUUUUUUUUUUUUCUACUCGUUUGCCGUGGAUCGUGGUUCCCGGUGCCGCCAUCAAGCUGUGUUCUCUAGCCAUGGGAUGUACUCUGAGCGCGGAGGAGCGGGCGGCUCUGGACCGGAGCAAGGCCAUCGAGAAGAACCUGAAGGAGGACGGGGUCACCAUGGCCAAGGAUGUCAAGCUGCUGCUGCUGGGGGCUGGAGAGUCAGGGAAAAGCACCAUCGUCAAACAGAUGAAGAUCAUCCACGAGGACGGCUUCUCUGGUGAUGACGUGAAGCAGUACAAGCCUGUCGUGUUCAGCAACACCAUCCAAUCCCUGGCUGCCAUCGUCCGUGCCAUGGACACACUGGGGCUGGAGUACGGAGACAAAGAACGCAAGGCGGACGCUAAGAUGGUGUGUGACGUGGUCAGUCGUAUGGAAGACACCGAGCCUUACUCUGCUGAGCUGCUCUCCUCCAUGAUGCGUCUGUGGUCCGACUCCGGUCUGCAGGAGUGCUUCAGCCGCGCCCGAGAGUACCAGCUCAACGAUUCAGCGCAGUAUUACCUAGACAGCCUAGAUCGGAUUGGUGCGACGGACUACCAGCCCACAGAGCAGGACAUCCUGAGGACCCGAGUGAAGACCACCGGCAUCGUCGAGACACACUUUACCUUCAAAAACCUUCACUUCAGGCUGUUUGAUGUGGGAGGUCAGAGGUCAGAGAGGAAGAAGUGGAUCCACUGUUUUGAGGAUGUUACAGCGAUCAUUUUCUGUGUGGCGCUCAGCGGCUACGACCAGGUGCUGCAUGAGGACGAGACCACGAACCGCAUGCAUGAAUCUCUAAAGCUGUUUGAUUCCAUCUGUAACAACAAGUGGUUUGACGACACGUCCAUCAUCCUCUUCCUGAACAAGAAGGACAUCUUUGAAAGCAAGAUCACCAAGUCGCCACUGUCCAUCUGCUUCCCUGAAUACAGUGGACCUGACACUUACGAGGACGGAAUCACUCACAUCAAGUCUCAGUACGAGAGCAAGAACAAGUCCACCAAGAAAGACGUCUACUCCCACGUGACCUGCGCCACCGACACCAACAACAUCCAGUUUGUCUUUGACGCUGUCACUGAUGUCAUCAUAGCCAAUAACCUGCGGGGGUGUGGCCUUUACUGAGGAUGCUGUUAAAUGUUGGUCACAGGGUGUUGGACCAGGUUUUACCCAUGUAGGUGUCACAAGGGUAAAUACUUGUGCUGCCUACGUGGUUUAAAUCAAAUAUGGUUAUGUGGCUUCUGUCAGUGAUGCUAUCAUGUGACAGGAAGUUAAAUAUGGGGGUUUUAUCGUACAACUUAACCACACGGCUGAUCAUUGCUUCAGCUUGACCUUUAAUUAUUGAUUUGACUGGUUGGUUGAGACUUUUUUUAACCUAGUUGUCUUUUUUUGAUUCCUUUGUGUUGGCUCCUGAAGAGGAACCGGCAGCAGCAUCCAGUAACACUCUUCUUUCUGAGUUUGUGCGCCUAAAUGCCAAAUGUGCUGCUCGUGUGCUCCAGCAAUCUUACACAAUACCUACAGUAAACUCCUGAGGGACACAAGGUUCCUGAGAUGAAUUUGUACAUACACAAAAGUGCCUUAUUCAUAGAAGUGGACUGAAUGCAGUUCAAGUGCAUCCCUCUUAGAGUUAUCCUCAAAAAUUAUUAAAGUGGGAAUCCCUCUUCUCCCACCCUGGACUAUUUCUAAUCUUUUUUUAUUCAGCUUGAAGUUAUAUACCACAGACACGUGCCUUAGUCCAUUGAAAGUCAGAUUUACAACUGCUCUGAACUAUGUCCUGCAGUGAGUCCCAUUCAAGGUCAGACUUAUCCCCAGUUUUGUUCAGAAAGAACUAAUAACUUGAUUGUGACCAGUAAACCGAGAACACUGUCAGAUGCUUCGUCAUCUCAAACUUCAUUUCAUGGGACUUCCUGCUGGCCCUGUGGUUCGAGGCCAUAUGUUACCACUGCAAAGUCCCCAUUUUGAUUCCCUUGCCUUUUAUUCCCCUCUUGCUCUCUCUCUCUCUUCCUGUGUUUCUGGAAAACGUGGACCUGUGCCAUGUUGUGAUAUUUGAUAUUUAUUCUGAGGGAGAUCCUGCUCGGUUGUGAACGACUGUUGCACUUCGCCUUCGUGCUUCAAACCAUGGAACUUCACCUAAAUACAUACGUGCAAACAAGAAUAUAAAAUACAUUAUGAACUCAAUUAUAACGGAUAAAUUCAAGUUAUUCAUUGACAUAUUACAGAAUUUUUCAGUUUACAAAAAUGUUUAUCUGCUUCGUAGAAACUACCCAGCCAGAGUUUAUACAGUAGAAAUGAAUAGUGUUAUUUCCAGUCAGUGUUUUAAUCCAAAGGCCAUUAGGUUGAACUGUUGAUGCUUUUCACUGUGAGUGAAAUUGUGCUUUCGAUUGAACCUAGAAAACCAAAAUGGAGAUGUUCUCGUUUUUUUGGUGAUGUUUUUGUUACAUAUCUUCAAUUUAUUGUUUGCGAGGAAGUUGCUGUUUAUGUGAGGAGGAGGAGAAGGAGGAGGAGGAGGAGGAAGAAGAGGAGGAGGAGGCUGCCGUCAUCCUUCAUCACCUCUGGUCAUAUUUUAGGAUUGACGUUCCCGCCUCUCGUUUUGCAGCGUGCAAGGAUCCACUAUAAAUAUCACUUUUUACGAAGAAGUACCAGAGCCAGUGUGCUGACUCAACCAGACAACUCCCAGAAAUUGCUUCAAUGGAAGCAUUGAUUUUGAAUCGUCCCCAGGGCCAGAUCCAUUGUGUCGAGCUGCACAGUGUAACAUCCCUCUUGUCCACCACGCCGCCCUAAUAAUCCAGCAGUGAGCUUUGAAAGAUGUUGCUGGUGAGCACACACAGUCCUGUGGGAUACGAAUGUCAACCUCCUGACUGUUGUCUGAGCAGUGAUGUUUCCCAGGGUGUUGCUGAAUGACUUUCCUUUCUGGUGGCGUAGGAUUGAGGUCUGAUGCAGCGCUCAGAUUAGGUGAACUGGAAAUUGAUGCGCGUUGUUUUUAGGGACGGUUUGAAUUUUGAGCCUUGAGAUGCCGGAGAGAUGCACCUCGAAAACAUAAUGGGCUCCUCCCUCCUCUCUGUUCUCUGCAGAAGUUUACAGAGUCACAUAUUUACUGAGCUCGGUUUCUUUAUUUAUUCAUGAGCAAGGCAUUUAUUCCACUCUACACUCCAAACUCUGAACAGCGAGAUCGUGUCGCCUCCCUCCGCUCGCUGCUGCCAUCUUUUCUCUAAUCAGGUAGAUGAUGUCAUCAGCUCUCCCUCACACAUCUGUGCCAACGUUUUCUAACUAGAUACAGAGAGCUACCUGAGGCAACAUCCUGUGUGUGUGUGUGUCUGUUACCUUCAUGUGUGUCUGUUGAUUUUAGGAAAGGUAUGCGUGCGUGUGUGCAUGCUCAUGAACAUGUGUUGCGUAAGAGACAGCAUCAGCCCAUGGGUGUUGCGCUGGAGCCAGUAUCUGUGGAUAAUUACCCAGAAGGCACCUGUCUACCCUUUCCACACACAGACACACACAAACACACACAAAGGCACUGAAGACACAAACACACCCUUGGGACUCUCCAAAUGUCACAACGCCUUCCUUGGCAGCACCAGAUAAUACCACCGCUCUCAGCCAAAGAGCCUCAGAUGUUUCCAGGUUCUUUUGCCAAACAAGACGUCUGCUGCCUCUUGUGCUGUGAGUUUAGUUUAUCAUCAUCUCCUCUGUCUCAUUACAUCCACUACGGGUGAAAUGAUCUUCCUGCUUUCGCUGUUUGAUUGUUGAUGUCAGGACGACAGGAUGUGAAAUAUGCAUGAAGUGUUGGGCCUGACAUUAAUGCAGAAAAGAUGAAAGCAGUUUCCAGCACUUCACUUUUCACUUCUCACUCCUGUCAGUGGUUAGAUCGUGUUUAGAAGCUUCUCUCCUGGUUUUGUGCACAUGUUCCCUUUCCUUGCACUUGCGUAGAUUUCAAACAAAUAUUUUACUUGAUUAACGAGCGUCUGUUACUUGCUUCAAAUUGUUAAUUGUACUUCAGUAGCGCAGGAUAAUUACACGAUUCAGGAUUUGUUGUUGCCUCACAUGAUGGAGGCGAAGAUGCUCGUGGAGAAGUUCCUGUUGUAAUUAAAUCAAGACGCUUCAUGCCUGAGAGCCUAAAGGGCAGGCAGCGGUGAAAUUUCCAUCCACACCAACUUAGCAGAGUCCUGUUCACAUUUAGGUGAUUUAUUUGCCCUCAGGGUGGAAACAGCAGCUCUCUGCUCGAGCGCCCGGCUUCGUUCUUGCCUGUGUCGACCUCAGUGCACAGGUCGAGGUGAUUGUACAGCCGGUAUUCUUCUGUACAGGUUCUUCCGUGGUUUACUCAUUCAUUUAGAGUAUUGUCAGAUUUAUUCAAAGUAAGAAUACCCUUUGAUUCAAAAUAUGUAAGAUCACAAAUAAUCUCUAUACUUUAGCAAGGACCUAAACGGCAGUAACUGUGUUAUUUAAAUCUCUGCUACAAGUUCCAUUUGGUAAAAAUCAGUUCUAUCUCCGUCCUUUCCGCAAAAACUGUUCUCAUGUAGAGAACAACGUUAUCACAGCACAGACACGGCGGUGAUGUGGCCUUACUCAUUUUAACGAACACAUUAAAGGCCCAGUCUCCUUCAAAAGUGGUUCAGCAUAAUUGAUCUGCUCAUUUUCAAAGAUGUGGCUCACGAAAGAGAUUUAUUGACUGUUUGGUUAACUACACAUUGACCAGGGAAGAGCAUCCAUCCAAUAGCACAUCAUCAAGGGGGCAAACAAUGAGCUCUUAAAUCUAACAUAGAAGAUGUAUUUGACACUUAUCUAAUCCGGAGCUGGAAGUAACUUGAGUUUAAACCUACGCCAAGGCCCGACCGUCCCCUUAAAUUCAGUCUAGCUGCACCACAUUUCACUCGUGUUAAAACAUUAUUUUAGACAAAACUUCAGGUGUACUGACUUUAGAAGAUCCAUUGCAAUGAAUUAGUUUUGCAGCAGAGUUUUGCUUCAACACAGAGAAACUGUCACUUGUGAGGUGAUACGUGCAAAAACAUUCCCUCCACAAUUAACAGUAACAAUGGAAUGGACUGUUACCAAUUUUUUUAUGGUUUAUAGGUAGGACUCAAGCACAGAGGAGAGAGUGAAAGCUUCAUCCAACUGAGCUCAGUGAUACAAAGCAAACGAGAGAGGUGUGAACCUUCAUAUCUCAAACAUGUCUCAUCUCACAUAUGAUUCUUCUUUGAGUCUUUGUGUCUCAGGAGGAAACGUCCUCACUUUCCCUCUCUGACCCGCUCUGCUCUCCUCUGUCUGCAACACUGACGCUCCAGAGCUGUUGAUUGUUUAUAGGGUGAAGACAGGAUUGUUACUUCCACAGUGUGUCGUGUGUGUGUGUGUGUGUGUGUGUGUGUG